UCAGCUUGACUACGAUGCAAGUUUAUCGAACGUCUGCUGCCGUCUGCAGCUACAGAUACAGCACCUCCACCGCUCACAUGUCAGCAAAUGCCAUAAAUAAAUUUCACGGCGUAGAUUCGGCAUGUGCUCCAGAAUGCUUGAUAGACUGUUAUACUGAUAAGUUUAUUCAUUAUUGUUUCUUAUGCAAAUCGGUUAACACAUUCAGAAAAACAUAAAAUUAAUUACUCAUUGAUGUUCUAAUUCCUGGAAAUGGAUCGCAAGUUGACCGGCGCGCCAUAAAUAAUCAUUAAAGGUCAAGGGCUUGGAAGUAAAUGGCAUCAACGUCAGUGCCUCCGUAUGAGCGGCUCUUGUUUGACACGCAACAAAUGAGCUACCAAAACACUGUCAUCGUUCGCCAUGACAGCGACGUUUGUUGGCUGGGAAACAUUCAGAAUAUCUCCGGAGACAACGCGUUCAUCCACUUUGGAUCCAAAAAGGUCAAACCCAGCUGGAUCCAUACAGGCCGCGUGUGGCCUUUGCAUUUCCCUGCGGACGCUGUCGCUUACAAGGGUGGGACAAUUCUCUUCAAGCAGGUAUUUGCGGCUCUCCGCGACGAAGAUGACGGGCCAUUUCGCUUUCGCCCCGCGUUUGUGGCUGAUUGCCUUACUGCGUGCGAUUUAUGCGAAAUCUUUUACGUGGAGACGCAGGAUUGCGAAAAUGCAAACGCUCCUGGCAAUCUUCGCAAGGAGCUGGUGUACAGAUGCCAAAUUGCCGUCAAGCUGCCGAUCACAGAACCACCGUUGCUGUGCCGGGUCGAAGGACUUAUCUUCAAAAAACUCUUCGUUCCAUUAAACAGGGCGCAGGACGUUUUUAGCGACGCCUCUGACAUAUCUCGGAUCAUCAGGCAUUUUCGUGACACGAUGAAACGGGAUGUACGGUUGGCCGCCUUGUCGGACUGCUGUCGAUUUCACCUUCGAAUCCAAGGAGAUGGAUGCAUGUUCAUUGUCCCCAGCCUAACAGCGGAGCCAGAGACGAUGCAGUGGAUGGCCACAGCACUGUCGGAAAUGCUGUUGACUCAUCUAGCCCACCGAGCCGACCUUUCGCCGUUCGACAACCGUUGCUUUAGUGGCACUGAAGAGUUUUCCUCAGGGGCAGACAGUCUCUGCAUCAAAGGUUAUGGCGAAAAUCGCGCACGAACUAAACAUAACUCACGUUGUUUGUGCAUUUUGUACGUUUGGGAUAUUGCGUCUGCCUUUUCUACGGAUGUAGGAGUGGAACAGCCGAAAGAAGCUGUAUUUAUCGGUAAUCUGCCGCCUUUGCUCUUGAGCGAAGUCUUCUCGUGCCUGGACCUGCACUCAAUUGUAAGGAUUAAAAGAGUGUGCGUUUUAUGGCAGCAGCUCCUGAGCAGUCGUCGCGCAACCGAGCACAUCGCAAUCUGUUUGGCAACGUGCUCUAAAACAGCAAAAACGGACAAUUUAAGUUGCUACAAAACAUGGUACCUCCUGAGUCUUAACAUCCGCUCAAUGACAAAAAGCCUGACUGUACUGACACCAUUCUUCCACGUGACCUAUUUGGCUGAUUUGUUGGAAGCGAUGCAGAUCAAGUUGCCUACAAUAGUUUUCAAAGAUUACACUAUUACCGAUUCCAAUCACAUGUACGAAUACGCUAAUAUGCCGUAUCCCGUGACCCCACUUGACAACAGAAAGCUUUUCGCGUUUCAUGGUACAACAAUAUGGUUGUCAUUUUAUCGAGACAAAAGCCAACGUAUCGUGCUACACAAUUGGAAACUGAGCAACAUUUUUGGCAAAUCUUUGUUUGCAAUAUUCUGCAAUCCGUUUACGAGCGGCUUGAAGGAUCUGCCUGCCCACGAGGUUCACUGGAUGCAGUCUAUCACACCCGAAACCUGGCUGGAUGUGAUCGGAAUUGAUAGACUGCAGAUCGCCAUCCCGCAAGUCGUUCUGGAUUGCAGCCAAGACGAGGAGAACAUGGUCAGCCAAUUCAUGUGGACUUUGGACAAUAAUUUCCCGCCUACUGCAGACGGCAUUUAUGUAAAGGUCCAAAAGGUGCAUGCACGUUGGGUGGAGACACUCUCUUAUCCGCAUGAAUGGAAUAACAUCCGAGCAUUCUUAUCAGUAUUUAGCGGAUUUCACGCAGACGGGACAAUAAAAGUUUGGAAGGACAUUGAUCUGAGACUUGUGGACGUGAGCCAGUUGAGCAGAAUGGCACUGCUUGGGAUCGCGGAGCUGUUUCGGGUCUGAGAAAAGGGCUAUUAUCUCGGUGAUUCGCUCGCUGUUCUUUGAUUUCUGUUUUGAAUUCUCAUGUUAACGCUGCCCAUCGAAGGGUUGAUAAUUGAAUUUAGCGGAAUUUCUCAUUCCUACUGUACACCGUAAUAUCUGCACAUACGUUUGUAGUUUUGUACGUUUGCCCGGCAGUGAAUGCCAGCUUUGCAACUGCAUGCGGCGUUCCUGUGGUGUUUUGUGUCUGCUCAGGGGGUAGUCGCUAUUAACUACACUUGUCCAACAAAAUCUGGGACCUACUGUGUCAUCCAGGAAUCUUCCCUUUGGGAGACCCUGCAGAAUCGGAAUCCAAUUCGAAUAUGGAACAAUUUUGUUUUGUUCGUUGGCACAAAUA